UGCUCUACAGCUCCAUCAAUGGCGGCCUCCUCUUCUUCUUCUCCUCCUUGUGGAGCUUGCAAGUUCCUUAGAAGAAAGUGUGUCAAUGGCUGCAUCUUUGCUCCUUAUUUCCGCCACGACCUCGGCGCCUCCCACUUCUCCGCCGUCCACAAAGUUUUCGGUGCAAGCAACGCUUCCAAGCUUCUCGCUCACCUCCCCGUCUCUCACCGGAGCCUAGCCGCCGUCACCAUCUCCUACGAAGCUCAAGCACGACUUCAAGAUCCGAUCUACGGCUGUAUCUCCCAGAUUUUCGCUCUCCAACAUCAGGUUGUGAAUCUAAGGGCUCAAGUGGCUUAUUUGAGAGAACAAGCAGCUCAAAUCAUUCUUAACGGCUACAUUACAAGAAACCCUAAUGAAUUACUGUACGGAAACUCUUUGUCUUAUUCCGAUGAGGAAUUGCUGGAUCUUCAAACUUGGCUGCUGGAGGAGAGCUGCAGCACCGCCGCACCGGAGUUUGAACCUACGGCGGGGCCGUACGUUCAGAUGGGCGUCGCCGAUUCUAAUCUCGCCGGAGAUUUCUGCUGUUAAGACCGUCCGAUAUCUUCUCUGGAUUUUCAGAUCAACGGCUACCAAUCAAAUGGAAGUAUGGGUGUUUUUGUGAUAAUUUGAAUUUCUUUUUUUUUUUUUUUAACUGAAUUUUCUGCUUGUGUUUG